GGCUAAGGAAAAUGGAAUGGCUACUGGAGGACCUGCUCAGGGCUGAGGGGGAUAUGGGACUUCUCUGGGGCCAACUGACCCAUGUCCUAGCCUGCAGACACUGCGGCAGCAGCUGCCUUCAGAGUCCAGGAAAUCUGGUGACACUAUUCUUAUUCUUGGUUUGGCAGAUCCGGAGAUGGUGGCAGCUUGGGAGGUUGCGACAGCUUCAUCUCUGGUGCUCUGGGGAAAUGGUGCAAGGCAAGGUGGGUGACCUCUGAAUGUACAGCUGGAUGAAUGACUGUUGACACCACGUGAGGUCACUGGUAUGAAUGUGGGCCCAGGACCUGCCACUUCUGUACCAUGUGGGCUUUCUUGAUUGCCUGUGUAAGCAGAAAUCAGAAGUGAAGGAAGAAGAAGGGGAAGAAGAGGAAGAGGGGGAAGACAAGGCAUCUCUGGAUCCACUGGAGCCAUGUUCUCCCAUCAAAGAAGCUCCCAAUGAAGAGCAAGUCACUCCAGCCCCACUCCAGCCAUCCUGUGGUUCUGAGGGCCUUCUCAAGACCACAGGGAUACCAGAGCAAACAGUCACGCAGCCCAUGAGCCCUUCCAGAUCCUUCCCCAUCUUCCAGAUUCUGACCAACUUUCCUGUGAGGCACAAGAUAGCAUCAGGAAACCACCAGCAGCAGAGAAAAAGCCAGCUUUUCUGGGGUCUCCCCUCUCUGCACAGCGAGUCCUUGGAGACCAUCUGCCUAAGCUCAGGUGGCCUCUCUCCUCUGAAGUUGUCUGUUUGUUCUUCUGUCUUCUUCAACAAGCUUGUCUUCCUACCUAGGUCCAACCUGUUGUUGCCCCAGUAUCACUCCUCAGCCCAGUUUUCUACCCAUGAAGCCCAUACUAUGGAAGAUCUAGACAGGAUGGCCCCCGAUCCGCAGUUGCUUCCACCUCCAUCAUCUCCUGUCUCAUCACUACCCCUCCAUCUGAAGCCCUUGCCUGUGGAUCAAAAGGGAGUUCUAUUUGGUGCUGAGGUACCCACACAGUCCCCUGGAACUAGCCUCCUGGAAGUUCUCCCUGGAUAUGAGACUCAGUUAGAAACCAGAGGACACAAAAAGAGGCCCCAAGCUUUUCAGUCUCUGACACGAGCCCCCUGCCAAUCCCCAGUUUCUCUGUCAGAAUCCAAAAAAGUUAGCCUUGAAGGAGAACUUGCUAUACCUAAGGACUUUUUGGGAACCACGGGAUACAAAGAGAAACCUCAGGCUUCUGAGUCUUCAAUGACAGUCCCUUGCCCUCCCCUAGACUCCCUGCCAGAACUCCAGGAACAGAGUCCCCUGGAAGACCCAUCCAGAUAUAAGUCCCAGUGGGAAUGCACAGAAAACUCAGGAAACCUCUGGGCUUUUGAGCCUCCAGCCAUGGACCUCAAUCCAGGGCUCUCUGGAACCAGCCCUGCAUGUGUCCCAUCAGGAUCUGAGACACCAUGGAAGGGCAUGCAGAGUAGAGAAAAUAUUUGGGUCCCUGCAGACCCAGUUUUACCUCUCAGCCUUCCCUCAGCCCCUCUCCUGGUAUCUCUAGUAAUGGGCCUCCAGGGAGUCCUGUCUGAAUCCAAAGCUUUGUGGGAGACCAGGGGGAAGAAAGAGAAGCUCUGGGCAUCUGAUUCCCCAGAAUCUGUUCAUAGCACACCUCCAACCUCCCUUAUAGAACCACAAAGAAUCAGUCCUGUGGAAGGCCUCACUACUUCAGAAGCUACAUGGAAGGACACUGAGUAUUCCACGAAUUCCUGGGCUUCUAAGCCCCCAUCUCUGGCCCUCAGCCUACCCCCAGCUCUUGCUCUGGAGCCACUCAGAGUUAGAUCCAUAAGGUUUGUGUCUAAUUCUGAGGCUAGAUAUGGAGACAUACAAAGGAGAAAGAACUCCUGGGCCUCUAAGCACCCAGCUUGCAGGUCACCCCAAGACCUGCAUGGAGCCAGCCCUCUGGGAGUCUUGUCUGAUUCUCAGCCUACUGUAUGGGAAAUGGAGCAAAAAGAAAACUGUCCUCCUGUGUCCCCAGGUGGGGGACCCAGCCCAUCCUCAAACUGUGUUUCAAAGUCCCACAUAGGUGACCCUAUCGCAGACCAAAGCAACUGUAAGCCUGACAGGGGAGCAGUGGAGCAAAGAAAGAACCACUGGGCCACUGAGCUCCCAGCCCCCAGCUCACUCUCUACUCCUCUACCAGAGCCACACACUGACCAUGAAUUUGUGUGGAGAAAUGUACAACAAAGAGAAGUUCCCCAAGGCCCCAGCUCUCCUGCAGUGGAUCCCCUACAGCCAGUACCCUGGCCUCCCACCCUAGCAGAAGCUGUAAAGAUUGAGCCCACCCAUCCUGGUCUACCCAAGGGAGAGACAUUCCCAGGGUUUAAGGCAGAGGCCCCACUCUCCCACAAAGGGACUGUCCCAGAGGUGCUUACCCACUCUGGGAUCCAUGCCUGGCAGUGGAGUAGAGAGCUGAAACUCAGGCUGAAGAAACUGCGGCAGAGCCCUGCCUCCAGAGCCCCUGGCCCAAGUCAACCAUUUUGUAGUUCCCCUAUUCUGAGCACCACAAUUCCAAACUCCUGGGGACUCCCUUCCUGCCCCCCACAGCAGAUUAAUCCCCCCAAUCUAUGCCCCCACUCUUCAAGUUGUCAUCCUCAAAAAGUUCAGGGCACAGUAUCUCAGCCUGUCCAGUCCUCCCACAGUCAUUACUCCCAAUCCUCCUCCCAGCUUCAGCCACAGAAGUCUGGCAGGGCAGAACAAGGGUCUCAGAGAUGGAAGAAAAUGAAAGGGAAGAUGGUGGGCCAGAUCUCAUCCCAAGGGCCAUGUGUACACAUGGAGGCUGGUGUGAACUAUCCAUCUCCAGGCCCAGAACCCUCAAACUCUAAGGUUAUGGUCUCAGGCAAGAGAAAGGGCAAGGCUUCAGCCUCAUCCUCAGCCAAAAAGAGAGAGCACCCUAGAAAACCCAAAGUGGGAGACCAUAGAGGAGAGAAUGCAAGAUUGGGGUUAUCCACAGUCACAGGGAACAACCACCCUGCCCAGGCCAGUAGCCUAAUAGAGGCCCCUGUAAGCACAUUUUCCCAAAGGUCUCAGCACAGGGGCAAGAGCUCUCAACAUACUGCUCUUCCCCAGCAGCUUCUCCCCAAAGCUUCACGUCCCCAGGAUCAGCCAGUGGCAGGGCUGACAGCAAGUGACAUCCCAACUCCUCACCACUGUAAGCACUGUCCUUGGGCCCGCAUGGAGAAGCAUCCCUCCUCCCCUACCCUCAAGGUUUCCCUUACCAGGGGUUUCCAAAAGGUGUUAGCCAAAUGCCUGGGUAACCGUCGACCUCUACCUCCCAAAUCUAGUCAGUAGAGAGAAGGCUGGUAAUACUGGCACUUGAUAUGCCAAAACCUGCAGCCAAAUGAGGGGGAGGGUGGGGAUGUGAAGACAAAAAAUGGAAAUCCUAAUAAACUAGCUGAAUUAGA